AUGUUUCCAACUGAGUAUUCAAAUGCAAAGACUGUAAAUCGACGCAAUGGAUCUCAACUGUGGACUCGAAUGUUUAAAACAAACAUAGUUUACAAAUAUGACUCAUACAUUCCAGAUCUCAACCAUAGAAUACUCUGCGAUGACGGAAAAAAUGAAAAAUCAACUCGUUCAACAAAGUCAUUGUCUUCUACAGAAACCGUCACGACCAUACCCUUGAAUGUCUCUUCCACUACCAUAAAUAUAAACGGACAGAGUCCGUUUAGUGAAUACAUUAUUAUUGGAGUAUGUGUUUCUUUGGUUCUGCUGUCUUUGAUCAUUGUGUCCUUGGCAUGUUUCUGCUGGCAAAGAAUCGUUCCAAAUGUAUCGAGUCAAGCGUAUUACAUAUCACCCACAUAUUCCACAAGAAUUAAUGAGAAUAAUGUAACAGUUACGGACAAUGAUCAUAGAGACGUACAAGAUGAAAACAGUGAUUUAACAAGUCAACAUUAUUACGCCACUCCAACAGAAAUUCAUUAUGAACAGAAUCAGGAAUUGCAAAGCUUCAGGAAUGCAACAAGAGAAGUUAACCAGAAGGAGGAUCAUGACACUGAAGAACUAACAAAUACAGGGGCAUACGAGUCGUUGCAAGAACACAAUAAAGAGAUGCACAACUAUGAAAUGCCUACUAAUGUAGCGUACCAGACAGGGGCAUACGAGUCGUUGCAAGAAGACAAUACAGAGAUGCACAACUAUGAAACGCCUACUAAUGCUGCGUACCAGACUGUCGAUGAGAGCAUGAUAGAUGAUCAUGAGUAUAGCAUGCUUCAAAAUUAGAUUUAUGAUAAUUUUGUGUUGAUCAUGAUGAUGUGGUAAUGAUGAUGAUAUUAUAAUUAUGAUUAUGAUGUGGUGAUGAUGAUAUAAUUAUGAUACUAUUGUGUUGAUGAUGAUGAUGAUGACAAUGAUGAUGUUGAUGAUAAUAUUAUCUUGGCGAUAAUAAUGCGAUAUUGAUAAUUGAUAUUGGUAAUUUGAUGAUAGUUAUGAUGACAAAGAUGUAUAGAAUGUCAUUUGGAUGCAUGUAUGUUAUGUAUGUUAUGGCCGUUAAAAGGUAUAAAGCUAAAAAAAUCAUAGAAAAUAUUUUUAUAAAAAAUUAUUAUCAUUAUAAUUAUAUUGUAAACAUACUCUCGAUUCUCGAAAGAGUUGUAGAAUGUUACUGUUAUUUAUAACUCGUGAACAUGGUACGUAAACAGAAU